GAUAAGUUUGAUUGAAAUUUCGAUGUGCCUAAGUUCUGGGUAAUUCUCAUUGUCCACCGCUUACCUCUGCCACAAUUGUCUUCUGGUUCCUUGGUUUCUUUAUUUUGUGUUAAUCCUUUUGCUAAUUUAUUUUAUUGCAUUGCUCUGUGUAAAUGAGUGAAUCCCUUAUGGAAGAAGUGUUUCCACCUUACCAUGUUUUUAUUAAUCAUAGAGGACCUGAUGUCAAGAAAACGCUUGCCAGUCUCAUCUAUCACGCUCUCGAUACGCAUGGGUUGAGGGUGUUUCUCGAUGAACAGGAAUUGCAAGUGGGAGAUUCUUUAAACCCUGCAUUCCGAUCUGCCAUUCGCAGUGCCUCCGCUCACAUUGCUAUAUUCUCCAAAACAUAUGCGCAAUCCCCAUGGUGUUUGGAUGAGCUGUUGUGGAUGUCUGAUUCUGACCCUGCUUUUACUAAGAUUAUCCCCAUCUUCUAUGACAUCGAACCUUCAGAACUUCGCCAUGUUGAGAAGGGAGCAUAUGCCACAGCCUUUGAGGAGCAUAGAAAGAAACAAAGAUAUACCAAUGAACGAGUUGAAAGCUGGAUAAACGCCCUAAAAAAAGUCUCUUCGAUUUCUGGCGUGGUAUUCAGGACAGAUAAAGAUGACUACGGAAAACGUUUGAAAGAAAUAGUAGAGAUUGUCUUGAGAAAAGUGGAAAGGGAACAACUGCAUGUGUGUGAGUACCCUGUGGGACUUGGUCAAGUGGCAGAGCAUUUCGAAAAGGAGGUUUUGAAUCGGAGUGAAUCAAAGGGCACCGACGCUGUGGGGAUUGUGGGGCUCGGUGGAUCGGGGAAGUCAACUCUGGCUACUCAUCUCUACAACUCCAUGCGUUCCCGAUUCCACAGAUGUUGUUUCUUGUCUGAGGUGAGUAAAAACGACUUAUCGACUCUGCAGGAAACUCUCCUUAGGAAUCUGCUGCGUGAUCAGAAUUUGCGUAUUGAGAAUACGCGUAGAGGUAAGACCUUGCUUCAAGAUCGUCUGCGUGGGUUGACACGUGUUUUGAUUGUUUUCGAUGAUAUUGAUAGUACAAAGCAAACAGACAAUCUGUUAUUUGUAAAGGAUGUUUUGGGAAACGGCAGUCUGAUUUUGGCGACAUCUAGAGACCAAACUUUGCUUGUCAGAUCUAAAAUUGAAAUAUACAAUGUCAAAUUACUGGGUGCAAAAGAUGCCCAGGAGCUAUUCUGCUGGCAUGCCUUCCGCAACACCAAACCACUCGACGAUUUGAGAGAUAUGGUGGAAGAGUUGGUUAGAAUGUGUAGAGGUUUUCCUUUGGCUUUGAAAGUUUUAGCGGGGCAGCUCCACAGUGAACGUGACCCAAGAAAGUGGAAGCAGCAAUUGGAAAGCCUCCGGAAACAAUUGCCGAAGGACGUAUUAGGACGGAUAGUAAUGGAUAGCUAUCAAUCUCUCGACAUAAUAGAGAAAGAGGCCUUUUUAGACGUUGCCCAUUUCUUAAUGGGAGAAGACAGAGAUCUUGUGGAGAGGGUUUUGGAUGGGUUGAAUGAUAACGGCUUUCGAUGUCUUCAGACGCUUUGCCAUAAAUGCCUCGUGGAGUUUGAUUUUGUAGAUGUAAUUCGUCCAAGAGCAUUACAGGUUGAAAGCGAGAAUAUAAGUGUAGGUGUUUGGAGAAUAGCAAAGGGGAGCUUCAAAAUAAGAAUGCACGAUUUAGUGAGGGACUUGGCAAGACGAAUCGGCGGACAGGAGUUACCUCUUCGCCUUUGUUGCUCAUACGAUAAAAUGAUCUCCACUCGGGUUUCUGGUUCCCAUGGCUCUACCCAACAGUACGAUGUAAGAGGAAUUCGUAGAGAUGAAAAUCACCCGCUGCCACAAUUUCUGCAAAAUCAAGAUAUAUACGGACUAAACCUUCUAGUGGUUCAAAAUUCCGCUAUCCUGCAGCAAUUAAAUAGUGUGUCCGGUGACUUGAUAUGGUUUCGCUUGAGAGGAUCCAGGGACACUUUAAAUCCGUUUGCCCUCCCAUGGAAUAGUUUAAGGAAUAUUCCUUCAACUCUCUUACUGAGAAGUUUAAGAGUGUUGGAAAUUCAUGGUGUUAGCCCUCAAGAUUUCAGCAACUUGUUUCAUGAUCGUGAGCUGUGUGCUUUGGAAGUCGCAUGUACUAAAGAUUUUGGAAGCGCAAGCGCAGCUGAUCCUUCAACAGCCUUUUCCACAAAACAAGGUUCAGCUUCAAAAACUGCACCUUCAUUGCAUCCUCCAAUUAAUAUGGGACAGUGGUUUCAGGCGUGGUUAGGCAAGCUGAAUUUCAAGCAUUUGGUUAAGAUAGUUUUACAAAAUAUCGGAGGCCUGAAAACACUCCCAAUUAAGUUUGAAGAAGUAAGAAAUCUGAGACGUGUAGAUCUAUCUGGCUGUAGCGAUUUGUGUCAUUUGCCCCAUUCUUUUACUGAAGAGCUGUUGCAACUUCAAUAUUUAGCUUUGCGAGAUUGCUGGAACCUCAUUCUCCACGAUUUGGGAAAAAUCUCCACGCUUGAGUACCUCGACUUUCAGGGUUGCUCUAUGCUAAGGGAAAUACCCAAAGGAACUGAGGUUCAAAAAUCUUUAAAGCAUUUAAAUGUGGUCCAUACUCAGUUGAGGGAAUUGCCUCACAAUCUUGAACAGCUGGAAGAUCUUGAACAACUACUUAUAGGGAGCUCAGGAUUGACAGAGAUGCCAUCUUCUAUAUAUAAUUUGAGCAGUUUGAAAGAGUUAACUUUCAUAGGAUGCACUAAUCUACUUUAUAUUGACAACUCUAUUGAAAAGUUAGUACAUUUGGAAAGUUUCAGAAUAUAUAAAUCUGGAAUGAGAGCGUUACCUGAAACAAUUGCAUGGAUGAAUUUGAAAAUUUUGGAUGUUAAAGAUUGUCCACUUGAUUUGGAGCAGUUGCUGAAAGGAGCGGAUCCGGGAAAUAUGUCACUGGAUAGUUCUCAGGCACAGGGAAGUAUUGGUCAGGCUGCUCGUCCGAAUCGCUCAGGUUGUUUGACAGAUUUAAUCAUUAGAGACAGCCACAUUUUAGAGAUAGACAUUCCUCAGGCCGAAAGUCUUUUUCCCAAACUUGAAAUUGUUGAUCUGUCCGACAAUCGUCUUUUGACAAAGAUUGGAAGGUUACCAGGCAAUUUGACAAGUCUGAAACUGAGGAACUGUACAAAGCUGACAACACUGGCAUGCCUCUCUAACCUGGCAAGACUUAAAGUUCUUGACAUAAGCGGAUGUUGUGAACUAAGGACGCUAAAGAAGGAUGGUCUGAGAUCAAUACAAGUUAUUAACGCCCAUGGGUGUUGGAAGCUGAGCAGCAUUGAGGGUCUGGAUGCAUUGGAAAAUUUGUCUUGUUUUCAGAUGUCCGUUCCUUGGGGGUACAGCGACAUAUCAUCUCACCCUGGGUAUCUGUCCGACGUUAGAGAAAUAGCUGGAGGUCGAGUUCUGAAGGAGUUCAAGAAUUGCACGGAGACUUCAGUCGAAAUAAAGAAAUGUUACUUUACUGAUGUCAACCCUAGCGGUGCAAUUUUGCGAUUCCUUGUACCAGAUACGAAUUGUGAGAUUGAAUUAUCAUUCCUUGGUCAUACUUACACCACCCACUGUUCUACUGAUGAUAAUUCAGGACAUAUACUGAUGUGGUCAAAAGAUUCAGAAGUGUUUAAUGACUUCAAAUUCUCUAACGAUGAGGCUAUACAUUUCAACUUCAAAGUACGCAAUUCAGAUCCAGUGUUAAGACUGGAACUCAAAAUGGGAUGGAUAGUAGAAGCCCUAAAUUGGAAGGUCUCCAUGGAGUUGCUCAAGUUAUUUUGGUUAGAAGUCGCUACGAACUUAUUUGAGAUAUAUAGCACAAUCAGUUGAUAUCUGAUUUCUGAUUUCGCAAGUGUAAACACCGAUGCAUAGUUAUAUACCAGAGAUGCUCAACAACGGACUCAACAACCUUCCUACAUAUAAGCAAACAGUUUGACAGCAAACUAGUAUAGAUUGACAGCGAACUGGAGCUGGAGAACAGUCUACAGUUCUUUAUUCACUCUACUCAAACUCUUUUGACACAUGAGCAAAACAUGUAUAAUGCAAUUUGACUUAUUCUAACACUCCACUUCAAGGAAUAACUGAAUUUUGAUGAAUUCCUAUCGUAUCCUUAUACACUACAAACUUUAUCUU